AUCGCGAGCGUUCACCGUGAUGGUUGUGCGUGCACGUAAUUCAUAUUUAGAACCUUUGUAUCAAGAAAAAUGACACGGAAAAUCCUCAAAACAUAGCAUAGUAAACUUUAAAUUAAUAAAUAAUAAUUUAUGUGUCGCAAUUGAUCACGAAUCGCAACGUGUUAUGUAAGGUGAAUAAGAAAUAAUGAAUUUAUCGGCCAGUGUUUGAAUUGUCGUUUCGUGAGAAUCGAUAUUAGGUGUUAUUAAUGAAAUUACUAAGGUGCUCCAAGUGAUAUUGUUGUAUAGAACCUGUUUAGACUACAGUUAAAUAUUUUCGGUUCAGUACAAUCGUGGCGGUAAAAUCGAUAGGGGUAAUAAAAAAUGCAUAUUUUCCCCAUGGUUUAAUAUCGGUUCGGUACAAGCCGGUUUGGUUUUAUCCGAUGUUGUGUUUCAGAUAGUGCGAUCAGUGAUAUAAUGAUAUGAGUGAUAAAAUAUUGUUGUGAUUUCAAUCCUGAAACACUAAGGUUCACCAAACGAAUGACAAGGACUCGACUGCGUACUAUUAUGUGAUUUGGCGCGAAAUGGCGGCCAUCUUGAAUAUGUUCCGAUUCGAAUUGAGCGCGGUUUUGGCGCGAAUUGUCGUGCUGUUGGCGUGGACGGUGUACCCAUCUUAUGGGGGCUGCACCUUCCCAGCCGAGUGGACUGGCAGCUGGUUCCAGUCGGGCAUACCCCAGCUCAUUGGCAUCAACUCCACUCACAUACAGAUGAAAGGCGAGUGCUCGGAGACAGAGUCCUAUGAUAAAUUCCUGCUGUAUGAUCGGAGCUACGACUGCUACAGGUGUAUGGUGAUUCACGAGAAACACAAAUAUGUGCUGCAAUAUAAAGAAACGUUUUGCAGUCUCAAGGACUCCCUGUCGUCCAUCUGCGAUGAAAUAAGUGGUGAUGCACCACUCUAUUCCAUGUUUCGGAAGGAGCCGAGUCCGACGCCGCAGCCCUGCCCCUUCCACCCGGCGCCCUUCACUUUCACGUAUAAUAGAGGCACCGGCGAUUGCACCUAUCCACCGUCUCGCGCAGAAUCCUGUACAGAUGACUCCCGACUUCUGCUCAGAUACAUGGCGUGUCCAGACGUACCUGGCACCGAGAGCAAUGUGGAAGAGCUCGUCUGCUUGGCGACAUGGAAGGAAGGUUCCACACGCUACCUGGUCGGGCAGAUAUCUCAGGUCCAAAGAAGGAAUUCCAUAGCAUCUGACGAGGAUACAUAUAGGUGCUUCAUCUACAAGGGGCAGCACAGCGACAAAAGUAUGUCAUACAUUAUUGCGCAGUCGGGUGACGCCACGUGCAACGGUCUGUCCUCACCCACCGACGGCAGCCGUACCAUGAAACUCACAACUAGUGAUGAUGAGCACAACCGCUGCCACUUCCCCAGCUGGAUUGUGGAGCAUCACAAAUGGUUCAGCCUCGAUCACACGCACCAGUACCACUUUACCACCAAGAACGCCACUUUGAAGAUAAUGAAUACGGAUGGUUCCUAUGAGGAGAAGAGGUUGGUGUGUCACUCCAUCCUGGAGCAGAAGGACAAGAAACACAUCACGCUGGUCGCACACGUCACCAGGGGGUGCAUCGGCUGCAGCGCGUCGCAAAACACCAUCGAAUUCAAGUCAGCAUGCAUGAGCACUGUGUACACGUGCUACGGCAGCUGGCAGGACGGGCCGCGCGGCUACGUCGUAGCGGCGCCCGUAGCGCGCUCCUCUACGCACCCGCGGACCUUCUGCUUCGUGUACACCACGCGGGCCGCUAACGCGAGCGGUGGCGGUGAUACAGUGUGGCUGAGCGCGGUGGGGGGCACAUGCUCGCGCACCUCGCGCGCGCCCGACGCGGCCUACAAUCUCACCUCCAACGGCACAUGCGAACAGAGCAGUAAAUACAACAGCCCCGCGCACAGGAUGGCGCCGGCGGCCAUCUUGCUGACGUCACUGGUGCUGGCCUGCAUCAGAUGAUACUCUGGCGGGUGGUAGGCGAGCGUUUGGUGGGUUUACCUGUGCUAUCGUUAGCUGUCUGAACUUGUUAUGAGGGGUUUUUUUUAAUUGCUAGGGCGUUUUUGAUUUAACUAAACAUUAAAAUUAAAAUACAUAUGAUUAAAUAAUUUUAUAAAUUGAAUGAAUAUGUAAUACACAGAAAUCAGUCAAGUGCGAAUCGGACGCAAUAGUAUUAUUGUUUUUAAAAAAAAAUUACAAAUUUUGCUAAAUUUAUGGCAACCCCAGCGUUGUAACAACGCAAUUGACAAGUCUCUAACAAUUUUAGCCAACAGGCGAAACACUUGAAUAUUCAUUAAAUAAUCAUAGCGACAGGUAAACCCGAGCGAAUUAUAAAUAAAAUAGCGCAUUUCGAAUCAGUGUUGCUUUGUUGUGAUAAAAUUUGGCGGGAAUCAUUUUCGAAUGUUGCCAGCAUUUGUAAUGGCGGCUAGUUUACACGUUAUUUAUUAUCUGUAGAAUACAGAUUUUUUUUUUUAAUUGUCGCAUGAUUUUGAUGAUCGGGCGUUUAUGAACGAGCGGUUGACACGCGGCGUUUAUUUUUGUCUAUGGGCAGAUUUUGUUUAGGCAGCUAGUAACACGUUUAUAUUUUAAGACAUAUUUAAAUUAUCUGCAAAUUUUAUCUUGUAUCCUAAAAAUAUCUGAUAAUUUUCCUAUAUUUUGAAACGAGUAAUUAUGUUUUUUUUUUCUAUUAUAAUUUGUGUAUUUUUUAUUAUUAAACCAUCAAUUGUAGUUUAUUUAUUGACAAGCAACGUCGCGUUCAAACAUAAGUAUCUAAAGCGCGUACUGAGUAUUUAAACUUUGUAUGUAUGGUCGGUCUUUCCUAUAAUAUAUUAUAUUAUUACAGACGGACGAAUGUAAAUAUAGUGAAACAUAGGACUUUUUAUAAAUAUUAUACGGCUUGUGCGAUGGAUAUUUGAAAAAAAAAAACGAAAAAUUCAACGCAUUUAUUUGCCAUUUUUUCAUAUUAAAAAUGUCCCUUUAAGUUCUGUCUAAGACGAAUUUUUUGUGUUUUUUAGGGUUGUCACAAAACUCAGCAGCUAUUUAUUUUAAAGAUACGCUCAAUAAUUAUCGAAAUAAAUACAUUUUUAUAAACUAGGGGCAAAUAUAUUAUAGAUAUAAAACGCUUUUAAGUGUAUGCUAAUGCUAAGGUUAGAUAGAUUAAAAUAUAGACAGCUCAGCCCUGGUUUGUCCAAUUGUUUUUGGUGCAUUUCGCAAUUUCGACAUUGUACAAAACAUCUAAUUAAAUAUUAUAAUCCAGUAAAUGCACAAAUUUAUAUUCAUUCAUUCAUUCGAAAUAUACCAGUUAAAUAUUAAGGUAAAAUUAUAUGUAAAAGUUAUGGAAUUUGCGAAAUGUACCGAACUUGUGUUAUUUUUUCAAAACAUAAACGAGGGAACAAUCAUUUUGUACAUCUUAAAAUGUAAUUCUUCGUAAUUAUUGUAUUAUUUCGAACGUCUAUAAACCAGUGAACUGUUUUUGAUAGUGUUAUUUUAAUUUUGACAAUUCAGUAUUUCUUUUUGUCUCAAAUUGAGUGUAUUUAAACAAAUGAUAGUAAUGGUUUAUUUGCAUUAUAUUUUAUUUGUGUUAUAAUAGGGCUGUCAAUUGGAAACAUUUAUUUUAUAAGCGAUCUAUUCCUGUGUAUAUCACUUGCAUUCAAGUGGAACAGAAUAUAAUAUUAUAAAUUCUAAUGAGUAAAAAAGUUGGCAGCCCUAGUUUAAAGUGAGGCAUCUUUAAAAAAUAAGCUUUUUUGUAUAAAAAAACAUCCAGUACCUUAAUUUUGUCAGCUUUUUUUUCAUUUACGGCGGGCUACAAACAGUCAGACAUAUAAAAUAUUAUGAUAAAAAAGUUUAAAAUUUAAGAAUGAUUAUUUCUGAUUUAUCAACGCUUACUACUUUCUAAACAUAAAACCUGACCAAUAGUAGUGUUAAAUAUAAUUGCUCAUAUAAUAGUUUGGAAUUUUAUUUGUGAUAUAAAAUAUUUUAAGAAUUAAAAAGUGUACAUACUAGAAGAGAAGUUCCUCAUGAGUUUUCUAACUUUUUUAUUUGUUAUCUGUAUUAUGUUUGAAUAGUUUAAGAAUUAUCGAUGCUUGCCUAAAAUAUUUCUAAAAGUAUAUUUAAAAAGAACGUAGCCGAGAUGACUAUUGUAAAUAACUAGCUAAUUCAUAUAUAAUUUUGUAAUCGUAACACGUUUUUUAAAGUACAGGACGUCAUGGAGAUAAUAAUGUAGUUAUGUCAACAACAAAAAAAGUAUUCUAUGUACGCAAAAGAUUGUUUUUAAUUUUAAAAUCUAUAAUUAAGAUGUUGAUGCACAAUAUAAGUAAUACACUAUAGUCGUUAAGUGUGGGGGCGCAACGACACGGACGUUUGACAGCGCGCGUCCGCUUCGACGUUUGACACCCGACUUGACGUUGACAGGUGUCAGGGACGGCCCACGUUGACGGGUGUCAUUGUGACAGCUCGUGUCGUUGCGCUGCCGGGGCCUUUGUUUUAUUUAUUAUUGAUGAAAAAUAAGAAAAUAAGCGAACCCACAAUGUGAAUAAAUGCACUAACUCGUAUGUAAAAACUGUAUUACUGUAUCGGGGAUGUUGUUUCGCUUGUAAAUAUUUUUUUCGGAGGUUUUUUUGAGCUAAAGUCGGUUGAAGGUUUUUUUUCUCAUUUUUUUUUUGUUUCAGUGUUUCUUACGAUCGCCACGAGAUACGAUUUGUAACUAUUAAUGUAAGCCUAUCAUUAUAUUUUGAUUACUGAAAUAUAUUUGAAAAUCA